UCACCAAUUCCUGAAGAAGGAUGCGCUUAUCUGACAAGUCUCAGUGUGAUUAGUGGCAUGAAUGCUGAAGACAGUGAUAAGAAAACUAAUGGUGUACAUUUGCAUAUAGAGACUAAGCAAUCAUGCAGAGUACCAUAAAUCUGUUAACGGCUGUACAGCAGGGUGAUACUGAUGCCAUUCACGUCUUACUUUCGGCUGAUGUCCUGCAAUCUGACCUGAACAGCGCCCUCUGCUGGAGUGCCAGGUUAGGAUCAUGUGACAUCACUGAGAUGCUCUUGUCUGCCGGUGCAGAUCCAAACUGUCGUUUGUGGGGUGGAUUCUCUCCCCUGUUGUGGGCCACUAUAUUCUCAGAGAACGCAGAAAUUAUGCACCUGUUGCUUAGAUCAGGCAGCAGUGUGAACUGUGCAUCAUACAGACGGCGACAAACUGUCCUGCAUGCUGCGGUCAUUCGUGGUAGCGCAGAGUUUACAUCAAUCCUGUUGGGACACGGAGCAAACCCUGACAAGCAGGACUACCUGUCCAGGACUCCCUUACACUAUGCCAUUCAGAGGAGUAAUCUGCAGGCCAUCAAAAUGUUACUGACUCACAACUGCAACGUCAACAUCUGUGGUGUCCAUAACGGAGAAUACAUCUCUCCUUUGUACUGGGCUUUGCUACAAGACAAUUUAGAAGCGGCGAAAAUGUUACUGCUAGCCGGUGCUAAGUUCAACCAGCCCACCAUCUACUGUACGGUUACUGUGAACCAGUUUUACCGUACGAUUGAGGAGACUCUGAAAAUGCAGGUUCGUCCCGUCUAUCUCCAGCAGCAGUGUCGUGUCUGCAUACGCCAUCAGUUCAGCUAUGACAUUCUGAAGAAACUAGAACAACUUGUGUUCCCAAAACGGCUGAAGGACUUCAUUCGAUUAGAAGAACUUGAUCAUUGCUGUUGUGGACAUUAAUUGUUUUAUUAGUCCCUUACUGGGACCCAAGGGGUGGGGUGGGGGGAUUUGGUUGGAGCUUUAGAGCUGGAGUUUUGGGUGCACCGUUUGUGAUUCCAUGUGUGUGUCAAUCUGUCACAAAACAGUAUUCCAGACUUUUUUUCAUAACAGAUCAUCAGAUUGAAUUGGAUGCUGGUAGAGGCUUCACAUUGACGAGCUACAGAUCAAGUUUUCAACAAAAUUGUGGUUGUUUUUGUCUCUUCUUGAACUAGGACAGUUUUCCAGACUUUAUUUUUGGUUUGUCCAAUUGAAUAGAAAAUUGGCACCUGGCUUCAUCAUGACCAGGAACAUACUAGGUUUGAGUUUGGCACUGUUUCUGGUUUGUCUUAUUUUCAACAAAGUCAUGUCUGUUUGUGUCAGUUUUGUUCUGCUGUUGUCUGUGCCAAAGCUGUUGUAAUAGUCGGGCACCUCAGACUGGCAGGGGACGUGUAUUGCAAAACCAAUACUUACAGAGUGCUCGCUCAGGUGUUUUAAUACUUGUUGAGAUUCCUUGUUAUAUGUAAAAUUCACAUGUGUAAGUGUAUGUGUAAGAGGUUAUCCAGCCCCAGGGCCAGUUUAACAAAGCAGGACCUUGUAGCAUUACAUACAAAUAAUUUUCCUUUGAACAUUCACUCGAGUGAUUGUAUUGUCCUGAUAUUUCAAUUUUACAAGGAUAUACAGAUUUUUAAUGAAUUUAUGACCAUUUGUUACAUUUUAUAACAAACACAUAAAAAUACUAGUUAAAGUAAAUACAAGUUUAGGUACAUUUGUAGUCUAGAAAAAGGUAGUUAACAUGACAAUAAUGUGACAUUAAUAGGAUAUUAAUGUGAUGCUAAUGGGACAGUAAUAUAUUUAAUGCAGUGUUAAUGAGACGUGAAUGGAACAUUAAUGGGAUGUGAAUGGAAUGUGAUUGUGAUGUUAAUGUGUGUGGAUGUAAUGUUAAUUGUAUGUGAAUGCCGUGUUAAUGGGAUGUGAAUGUGAUGUUAUUGGUAUGUGAGUGUGAUGUUAAUGGGAUGUGAAUGUGAUGUUAGUGGGUGCGAAUAUGAUGGUGGUGGUAUGUGAAUGUGAUAUUAAUAGGUGUGAAUGUGAUGUUAUUGGCGUGUGGAUGUAAUGUUGAUGCUGUAUGGAUGUGAUGUUAAUGGGAAGUUAGUAUGAUGUUAAUGUGAUGUGAUGUUUGUGGGUGUGAAUGUGAUGUUAAUGAUAUGUGGAUGUGAUGUUGAUGGGAUAUGGAUGUGAUGUUAAUGGGACGUUAGUAUGAUGUUAAUGUGAUGGGAUGUUAAUGGGAUGUCAGUGUUAAUGAAAUGUGAAUGUGAUGUUAAUGGGUGUUAAUGGGACGUUGAUGGUAUGUGAGUGUGAUGUUAAUGGGUGUGAAUGUGAUGUUGAUGGUAUGUGAUUGUGAUGUUAAUGGGUGUGAAUGUGAUGUUGAUGGGAUGUGGAUGUGAUGUUAAUAGAAUGUGAUUUUAAUGGGAUGUGAUGUUAAUGCGAUAUAGAUGUGAUGCUAAUGGGCAUUAGUAUGAUGUUAAUGUGAUGUUGUAUAAUGGAGGUCAAGUAAGAGUUGUACAUGGACAAUGUAAUACAUCACUGUGGCGCCAGUAUGCAUGUACAGACAUGGUUGUCUUUGUGUGGCUGUGAAUGUAGCGUAGCAUCAGUAUACAUGUACAUACAUGGUUGUCUUUGUGUGGCUGUGAAUGUAGCAUAGCAUCAGUAUACAUGUACAGACAUGGUUGUCUUUGUGUGGCUGUGAAUGUAGCGUGGCAUCAGUAUACAUGUACAUACAUGGUUGUCUUUGUGUGCCUGUGA